AUGUAUACCGUUAGCGGCGGUAGGGCUGGCGGAGCGGCGCGGGGAAGGCGCGGUGCGAGGAGGAGGGGCGGCGGCGCGGCGGGUCGCGGGCCGCUUCUUCUCCUCCACGUUCAGCUUCACGCCGUCCGGGCUGUCCGCCGGGAAGGCUGGCGGGGCGGCGCGGGGAAGGCGCGGUGCGAGGAGGAGGGGCGGCGGCGCGGCGGGUCGCGGGCCGCUUCUUCUCCUCCACGUUCAGCUUCACGCCGUCCGGGCUGUCCGCCGGGAAGUAUAGUAUGUAUACCGUUAGCGGCGGUAGAGCUGGCGGGGCGGCGCGGGGAAGGCGCGGUGCGAGGAGGAGGGGCGGCGGCGCGGCGGGUCGCGGGCCGCUUCUUCUCCUCCACGUUCAGCUUCACGCCGUCCGGGCUGUCCGCCGGAAAGUAUACGGCGGUAGGGCUGGCGGGGCGGCGCGGGGAAGGCGCGGUGCGAGGAGGAGGGGCGGCGGCGCGGCGGGUCGCGGGCCGCUUCUUCUCCUCCACGUUCAGCUUCACGCCGUCCGGGCUGUCCGCCGGGAAGUAUACGGCGGUAGGGCUGGCGGGGCGGCGCGGGGAAGGCGCGGUGCGAGGAGGAGGGGCGGCGGCGCGGCGGGUCGCGGGCCGCUUCUUCUCCUCCACGUUCAGCUUCACGCCGUCCGGGCUGUCCGCCGGGAAGUAUACGGCGGUAGGGCUGGCGGGGCGGCGCGGGGAAGGCGCGGUGCGAGGAGGAGGGGCGGCGGCGCGGCGGGUCGCGGGCCGCUUCUUCUCCUCCACGUUCAGCUUCACGCCGUCCGGGCUGUCCGCCGGGAAGUAUACGGCGGUAGGGCUGGCGGGGCGGCGCGGGGAAGGCGCGGUGCGAGGAGGAGGGGCGGCGGCGCGGCGGGUCGCGGGCCGCUUCUUCUCCUCCACGUUCAGCUUCACGCCGUCCGGGCUGUCCGCCGGGAAGUAUACGGCGGUAGGGCUGGCGGGGCGGCGCGGGGAAGGCGCGGUGCGAGGAGGAGGGGCGGCGGCGCGGCGGGUCGCGGGCCGCUUCUUCUCCUCCACGUUCAGCUUCACGCCGUCCGGGCUGUCCGCCGGGAAGUAUACGGCGGUAGGGCUGGCGGGGCGGCGCGGGGAAGGCGCGGUGCGAGGAGGAGGGGCGGCGGCGCGGCGGGUCGCGGGCCGCUUCUUCUCCUCCACGUUCAGCUUCACGCCGUCCGGGCUGUCCGCCGGGAAGUAUACGGCGGUAGGGCUGGCGGGGCGGCGCGGGGAAGGCGCGGUGCGAGGAGGAGGGGCGGCGGCGCGGCGGGUCGCGGGCCGCUUCUUCUCCUCCACGUUCAGCUUCACGCCGUCCGGGCUGUCCGCCGGGAAGUAUACGGCGGUAGGGCUGGCGGGGCGGCGCGGGGAAGGCGCGGUGCGAGGAGGAGGGGCGGCGGCGCGGCGGGUCGCGGGCCGCUUCUUCUCCUCCACGUUCAGCUUCACGCCGUCCGGGCUGUCCGCCGGGAAGUAUACGGCGGUAGGGCUGGCGGGGCGGCGCGGGGAAGGCGCGGUGCGAGGAGGAGGGGCGGCGGCGCGGCGGGUCGCGGGCCGCUUCUUCUCCUCCACGUUCAGCUUCACGCCGUCCGGGCUGUCCGCCGGGAAGUAUACGGCGGUAGGGCUGGCGGGGCGGCGCGGGGAAGGCGCGGUGCGAGGAGGAGGGGCGGCGGCGCGGCGGGUCGCGGGCCGCUUCUUCUCCUCCACGUUCAGCUUCACGCCGUCCGGGCUGUCCGCCGGGAAGUAUACGGCGGUAGGGCUGGCGGGGCGGCGCGGGGAAGGCGCGGUGCGAGGAGGAGGGGCGGCGGCGCGGCGGGUCGCGGGCCGCUUCUUCUCCUCCACGUUCAGCUUCACGCCGUCCGGGCUGUCCGCCGGGAAGUAUACGGCGGUAGGGCUGGCGGGGCGGCGCGGGGAAGGCGCGGUGCGAGGAGGAGGGGCGGCGGCGCGGCGGGUCGCGGGCCGCUUCUUCUCCUCCACGUUCAGCUUCACGCCGUCCGGGCUGUCCGCCGGGAAGUAUACGGCGGUAGGGCUGGCGGGGCGGCGCGGGGAAGGCGCGGUGCGAGGAGGAGGGGCGGCGGCGCGGCGGGUCGCGGGCCGCUUCUUCUCCUCCACGUUCAGCUUCACGCCGUCCGGGCUGUCCGCCGGGAAGUAUACGGCGGUAGGGCUGGCGGGGCGGCGCGGGGAAGGCGCGGUGCGAGGAGGAGGGGCGGCGGCGCGGCGGGUCGCGGGCCGCUUCUUCUCCUCCACGUUCAGCUUCACGCCGUCCGGGCUGUCCGCCGGGAAGUAUACGGCGGUAGGGCUGGCGGGGCGGCGCGGGGAAGGCGCGGUGCGAGGAGGAGGGGCGGCGGCGCGGCGGGUCGCGGGCCGCUUCUUCUCCUCCACGUUCAGCUUCACGCCGUCCGGGCUGUCCGCCGGGAAGUAUAGUAUGUAUACCGGCUGGCGGGGCGGCGCGGGGAAGGCGCGGUGCGAGGAGGAGGGGCGGCGGCGCGGCGGGUCGCGGGCCGCUUCUUCUCCUCCACGUUCAGCUUCACGCCGUCCGGGCUGUCCGCCGGGAAGUAUAGUAUGUAUACCGUUAGCGGCGGUAGGGCUGGCGGGGCGGCGCGGGGAAGGCGCGGUGCGAGGAGGAGGGGCGGCGGCGCGGCGGGUCGCGGGCCGCUUCUUCUCCUCCACGUUCAGCUUCACGCCGUCCGGGCUGUCCGCCGGGAAGUAUAGUAUGUAUACCGUUAGCGGCGGUAGGGCUGGCGGGGCGGCGCGGGGAAGGCGCGGUGCGAGGAGGAGGGGCGGCGGCGCGGCGGGUCGCGGGCCGCUUCUUCUCCUCCACGUUCAGCUUCACGCCGUCCGGGCUGUCCGCCGGGAAGUAUAG